UAUACUUCCCCCUGUCUGUGGUGAAAUAAGUAUAAAGCUGUAGAUCUAAGUAUCUCUCUCUCUCUCAUUCAUUAGUACGUGUAGACUCACACGCCUGCUGUCUGCUCUUUCUCUCUCUCAGAAUGACAAUUCUAGGUACAGCUUUUGGUAUGGCUUUCUAUUUACUUCAUUCCGUUUCUGGAGAGAGUGGCUAUGCACAGAACGAUUUCAAAAGGACGCAUUUAUUUGCUUCAUUAAAGCUGCAGAUUUGUUCCUCCCCAGGAGACUUGGAAGACGCAGAGCCGGACGACUACUCAUUCUCAUGCUACAGUCAGCUGGAAGUGAAUGGAUCCCAGCACUCGCUGACCUGUGCUUUAGAUGACCCGGACGUCAACAGCACCAAUCUGGAAUUUGAAAUAUGUGGGGCCCUUUUGGAGGUAAACUGCCUGAAUUUGAAUAAACUACAAGACAUGUAUUUCAUCAGGACAAAGAAAUUCUUACUGAUUGGCGACAGCGAAAUAUGUGUGAAACUUGGACAGAAGAGCAUAACUUGCAAAAUAAUGAACAUAGUCAAGAUAGUUAAGCCCGAGCCUCCGUUUGACUUAAGAGUCGUCUAUCGGGAGGGAGCAAAUGAUUUUUUAGUGACAUUUAAUACAUCACACUUGAAAAAGAUUUAUGUAAAAGACCUACUUCAUGAUGUUGCCUACCGCCAGGAAAAAAAUGAAAACAACUGGAUGAACGUGAAUUUAUCCAGUACAAAGCUGGCACUCCUGCAGAGAAAGCUACAAUCUGGUGCAAUGUAUGAGGUUAAAGUCCGAUCGAUUCCUGACGGAAACUAUUUUGAAGGUUACUGGAGUGCAUGGAGUCCAAGUUACCACUUCAGAACUCCAGAAACCAAUGGCACAGGGAAGAUGGAUCCUGUUUUGCAAACGGUCAGCAUUCUGAGUUUCUUCUCUGUGGCCCUGUUGGUCAUCUUGACCUGUGUGUUAUGGAAAAAAAGAAUUAAGCCUAUUGUAUGGCCCAAUCUCCCUGAUCACAAGAAGACUCUGGAACAACUGUGUAAGAAACCAAAAAAGAACUUGAAUGUGAGUUUCAAUCCUGAAAGCUUCCUGGACUGUCAGAUUCAUAAGGUGGAUGGCAUUCAAGCCAGAGAUGAAGUGGAAAACUUUCUGCAAGGCACUUUUCCUCCACCACUUGAGGAGUCUGAGAAGCAGAAGCUUGUAGGAGGUGUGCAGGGCACCAGCUGGCCCUCCGAGCAUGCAGUCCUCACGCCUGAAACUUUCAGGGGAGAUUCACCCCUCAGAUGCCUGCCUGGGAAUGUCAGAGCUUGUAAUAUCCAUGAGCUCCCCUCUUCCAGAUCCCCAAACUGCAGAGAUGAUGGCAAAAAUUGGUCCCGUGUGUACCAGGGUCUGCUGCUUAGCCCUGGAACUACAAACGGUGCUCUGCUGCCUCCAUUUCCUUUCCAAUCAGAAAUUGUUACAUUGAACCCAGUUCCCCAGGGACAGCCCAUCCUCACUUCUCUGGGAUCAAGUCAAGAAGAAGCAUACGUCACCAUGUCUAGCUUCUCCAAAAUCAGUGAACUGUAAGAAACCCAGGACUGGAACCGUUAUAAAAAGAUGACAAAGACGGCUAAGGGGGAUAUCGAGAUCUCCGACUCUCCCCUGCAAUACAAACAGGACAAAAUUAACCCACCCCACCUGCAUGAUCUAAAGGAUUCUGAAACUUCUGAAACUUUGCUUUGGCCACUCCCUGGCUCAGGGGCAUCCCACAUGAGAUAAGAGCAUCUUGCCUCUACCAUGCUGAUCUGAUCACAAAGUUUCAGGCCACCCAAAUGAUGUAACUGUAUUAUUUAAGAAUGAAAAAAAAAAAGAAAGAAUGAGAGAAAGGG